CCAGUCUUGGAUCUCACCGCAGCGCCCCCACGAUACCCCGAGAUGUCGUCCGCCAAGGUCGUAGCCGUCGUGUGCCUCAUGGUGGCAGCCGCCUCCGCCCUGCCGGGCUUCCAGGGCUACCAACAGCUGCCGGAGGGACACAACGAAAUUUCCCAGCACGAGCAGCACGUCGAAGAAUACGCGUACCCGCAGUACCGGUUCGACUACGCCGUGCACGACCCGCACACGGGCGACGUCAAGUCGCAGUGGGAGUCGCGCGACGGCGACGUGGUGAAGGGCGGCUACAGCCUCGUCGAGCCGGACGGCACCCUGCGCACCGUCGAGUACACCUCGGACAAGCACAGCGGCUUCAACGCCGUCGUCAAGAGGUCCGGCCACGCCGUGCAUCCUCAGACGACGGCUCAGCAGCAGGAGAUCCCCCACCACGAGCCCUGACCGCCCCCUCACUUCCCCUCCCCCCCCUCCUGGAGUCUGUGUGACGGGUCAUGUGUUCGAAUACACGGCAUGAUAAACAUCUAAGAUAUUUAAUUCUCGACACAUGUGGCACUUGAAUAAUCCACCCUCACUCACGCUACCUCAAAAAUCCCACCCCCCUCCUUCAAGAGUCUGUGUGACGGGUCAUGUGUUCGAAUACACGGCAUGAUAAACAUCUAAGAUAUUUAAUUCUCGACCCAUGUGGCACUUGAAUAAUCCACCCUCACUCACGCUACCUCAAAAAUCCCACCCCCCUCCUUCAAGAGUCUGUGUGACGGGUCAUGUGUUCGAAUACACGGCAUGAUAAACAUCUAAGAUAUUUAAUUCUCGACCCAUGUGGCACUUGAAUAAUCCACCCUCACUCACGCUACCUCAAAAAUCCCACCCCCCUCCUUCAAGAGUCUGUGUGACGGGUCAUGUGUUCGAAUACACGGCAUGAUAAACAUCUAAGAUAUUUAAUUCUCGACCCAUGUGGCACUUGAAUAAUCCACCCUCACUCACGCUACCUCAAAAAUCCCACCCCCCUCCUUCAAGAGUCUGUGUGACGGGUCAUGUGUUCGAAUACACGGCAUGAUAAACAUCUAAGAUAUUUAAUUCUCGACCCAUGUGGCACUUGAAUAAUCCACCCUCACUCACGCUACCUCAAAAAUCCCACCCCCUCCUUCAAGAGUCUGUGUGACGGGUCAUGUGUUCGAAUACACGGCAUGAUAAACAUCUAAGAUAUUUAAUUCUCGACCCAUGUGGCACUUGAAUAAUCCACCCUCACUCACGCUACCUCAAAAAUCCCACCCCCCUCCUUCAAGAGUCUGUGUGACGGGUCAUGUGUUCGAAUACACGGCAUGAUAAACAUCUAAGAUAUUUAAUUCUCGACCCAUGUGGCACUUGAAUAAUCCACCCUCACUCCCUCUCCCUCAAAAAUCCCACCAUAACCCCCCUCCUAGAUUCUGUGUGACGGGUCAUGUGUUCGAAUACACGGCAUGAUAAACAUCUAAGAUAGUUUAUUCUCCACCCUCACUUCCGCUCCCUCAAAAAAUCCCACCACAAACACUCCCUCUCCCCCUCCUGGAGUCUGUGUAACGGGUCAUGUGUUCAAAUACACACGGCAUGAUAAACAUCUACGGCAGUUUAUUCUCAACACAUGUGGCACUUGAAUAAUCCACCCUCACUUCCGCUCCCUCAAAAAUCCCACAACCAACCUCCCCCCUCCUAGAGUAUGUGUGACGGGUCAUAUGUUCGAAUACACGGCAUGAUAAACAUCUAUGACAGUUUAUUCUCGACACAUGUGGCACUUGAAUAAUCCACCCUCACUUUCUCUCCCUCAAAAAAUCCCACCACAAACACUCCCCCCCCUUCCUAGAGCCUGUGUGACGGGUAUUGUGUUCCAAUACACGGCAUGAUAAACAUCUGCGAUAGUUUAUUCUCGACACUUGUGGCACUUGAAUAAUCCACCCUCAAUUCCGCUCCCUCAAAAAAUUACACCACAAACCCUCCCCCUUCCUCCUAGAGUCUGUGUGACGGGUCAUGUGUUCCAAUACACGGCAUGAUAAACAUC